AUGCCAGGCAUGGACGGCGUGCAAGCAGCAGCGCAAGCUUCGGCACGGCCUGCUUCACGACAAGGAAUCAAUGGUCAACCCCGUGCGGCAUCAUCUCGUGCUUCAACAGUGGACCCUCGUGCUGGCCUUGCUCCUCGACAUAUCAUUCCUUCAGGGACGCUGUACUCAGUUGAGCAUCCCGCUUCCAAGAUCACCAAUAUCGACAAAGCAAUCAAAACAUUGGGUGGGCAGAAAGGAAUAGACAAGUUUGUCUUUGCAACCGCAGAGGAAAUUCACACAGAACCCCACGCACCAAACAUGUCCAUAAAACCCCUCCUCGAACUGCGCAUGCGUCCAGACGACCACUACAGCCACCCCAUCGCCGGCAUUGACCAAUCAGUCCAAAACAUCCUCAUCCGCAUAACCCGCCGCAAACUCAAGUCCGCACCCCCCACCCAAAAAGGCGACAUCCACAAAAUCGAAGCAAUCGGCGUAAUCGAACGAACCGCCCGUUUCCGUGAUCUCGCAGAUUUCCAAAUCUGCACCGGCGACUCACCCUUCCAACAAGACUUUGGUGCGCGAAUGGAGUCGAUGUCACUCGAGCGCAUCAUCUCCUACAAACCCCAACCAGACCCCGCAGACCUCGCUUCGGAACCCUGGGAUAUGCAACCACCGCCAUUGUGGUCAAGAGAUUACGUACCCGCGAACUACCAUUACAAAGCCAACCCCGCCUCCAUAAAAUUCAAACCCCCCAACGGACCCGUACAAAUCAUCAACAAAAACCGCGCACCGAAACUCUUCAACAUUACCGUCACUUACGACAUCCCCAGUGUCCCCACCGAGCCCUCCCGCGCGCUCAAGAAGCCCUCGACGCUAGAAAUGGCCGUCAUCGCGAAACUGAGACAAUUGUUCCGGGAAAGGCCGUUAUGGACACGAUGGGGACUGAGGAGGGAGAUGGGAAUGUAUAAUCCUGACUAUCUACCGAGCCUGAAGAAUUGUCUCGCACACGUCUGCUACAUCUGGAAAUCUGGACCAUGGCGAGAUACGUACUGCGCAUACGGCAUCGACCCCCGUACCUCUCCAGAAUUUGCGAAAUAUCAGUGUUUGUUCUUCAUGCUUGGCAGGAAGGCUGGGGUGUCGAAUGUGAAGGUGGUCACGGAAGGCCGGAACGAAUCCGGGAAAGGGUAUCCGGAUUACCGUUUUACUGGACACCAACUGUCCACGCCCGUCCGUGCUUACCAGGUCUGUGACGUCACGGAUCCUUUGUUGAAAGAUAUCAUUGAGCGCGGGGAGCGGGAUUUGAGGGAGACGCUGAGGGAGAGGAGUGGCUGGUUCAGGGGCGGAGUCUGGAAAAAGGUGAGGAGAAUCAUGAGGGCGAAACUGGUUGCGCUCAAUGGUGACCCACCGCGGGUUAUGAGUGAUGCGGAGUUCCUUACUGAGUUGAAUGCACCGGAGGAAGAUGACGAAGAAUCUGUCGAUCCUGAAGAAGAAGCCGAUGCCGAAGGCGAUGAUGAUGAGGAGGAAGAGGAAGGAGAAAACGGUGAAGAAGGAGGAACGAAAACGAGGAAGAAGUUGGAUGAGAGGGUAAAUGAGUUAAUGAGGAGUUUGGGCAUGAUGGAGCAGAGCCAGGAACUGCAGGAUUCGGAGGAGCCGACAAGGGAGGGGGAGUUGGAGGAUGAGUUUGCGUUGUUGGAGGAUGAUGGGUAA